UGUCUCGCUCCGUCCAGCUUGACGCAGGUCUGAGCGCGUCCUCAGACGGUGCAUGCGGGCUGGCGGUCAGGCUGGAGGAGCAGAGCGCUGAGGGGCGUCCUGACAGCAGCAGCAGCAGCAGCGGGUGGAGGAGGAGAACCUGUUCUCCAACUUCACACAAGUUUCAGUCCGCUCCUCCACGAGCCCGGAGCUGCGCGAGCUCCACACCCCGACACACACUUUGUUCAGAAACUGUUUUUUUUUUCUUCUGAGGGGCUGAGGAUCUUCUUCUUCUUCUUCUUCACUGCCAUGUCUGGAUCGUACUGCAAAAGUUUGUACCCGUUCAGCGGGGAGCAGCACCAGCAGGGACUGAGCUUCGAGGCCGGGGAGAUUAUUAAGGUGGUCCAGCCUCUGCCCGGAGGCUGGUGGGAGGGAGAGAAGGAUGGAGCCAGAGGAUGGUUCCCCUCCAGUUACGUCCAGGUGCUGGAGAGGACGGCGUCUCUGAGCCAACUUCCUGUGGAGGACCUCAGAGACCCCCUGCCUCCUCACUGGAAAUGCUACAUGUCUCCACAAGGGCGGCGAUACUACGUCAACACCACAAACAACGAGACGACAUGGGAGAGACCGUCCAGUGCACCCGGGACCCCCAAAACCUCACUCCGACACAAAAACUCCCUGCCGGCAGUCAAUGGAUUUCACUCAGGUGGAAGUCCCUUGCAUCUCGUGGAGCAUUCACACAACAGUCCGGUUAGGAAGGGCAGCACAGAGCCACAGAGCCCGGGAUCAACGUCGCCCACCAGGAAGCAGAACAAGGAGACCACGGUCACGAUUAACUGUGUGACGUUCCCGUCGCCUGCCUGCAUGCCGGAGCAACAGCUGCUAAAACCAAACGAAUGGAGCUACUGCGACUACUUCUGGACCGAUAAGAAAGAUCCCCAAGGCAACGGCUGCAUCACAGGAUUUGAGGUUUUGCUGCAGAAACAGCUGAAGGGGAAACAGAUGCAGAAAGAGAUGGCCGAGUUCAUACGAGAAAGGAUAAAGAUAGAAGAGGAGUACGCCAAGAAUCUCUCCAAACUCUCCCAGAUCCCUCUCGCAGGCCAGGAAGAGGGGACUCUGGGGGAGGCUUGGGCCCAGCUGAAGAAGAGUCUGGCAGACGAGGCUGAGGUUCACCUAAAGUUCUCCUCAAAGCUCCAUAGUGAAGUGGAGAAGCCUCUGCUGACCUUCAGGGAGAACUUCAAGAAGGACAUGAAGAGGUUCGACCAUCACAUCGCAGACCUGCGGAAGCAACUGGUCGGUCGCUAUGCAGCAGUGGAGAAGGCCCGCAAAGCUCUGGCUGACAGACAGAAAGAGCUGGAGCUGAAGACUCAGCAGCUGGAGAUCAAACUCAGCAACAAGAUCGAAGAGGACAUCAAGAAGGCCCGCAGGAAAUCCACACAAGCAGGAGACGAUCUGAUGCGCUGUGUCGACCUUUAUAACCAGUCCCAGUCCAAAUGGUUUGAGGAGAUGGUCACAACGAGCCUGGAGCUGGAGCGACUGGAGGUGGAGCGGGUGGAGAUGAUCCGACAGCAUCUGUGUCAGUACACCACCCUUCGGCACGAGACAGACAUGUUCAACCAAAGCACGAUGGAGCCGGUGGACCAGCUCCUGCAGUGUGUGGACCCAUCCAAAGACCGAGAGCUGUGGGUGCAGGAGAAUAAGACUGGAGAGAUCAGGCCGGUGGACAUAGAGAUCUGAUCUCAGUGCUGUCUGAUGGCUCUGACACUGACCCACAGCCGACAUGGCUGAGGACUGACUGGGAGAUGAAACCUGUGCUGAGCAGUCACUGGCUCUUCCUCUGAGGAGGACGUCAGGUAUUUGGGCAGUUUAGUGAGAACUCUAAGAGAAGAAUGAAGCUGAUAGUGAUGGGUGGUCAUUUUCUGUUUCUGCCCGACUGGAACACAGCACAGGAGAAUGAAUUCAUUACUACAGGAAACUCAGCUGGGGCGAAUGAUGAAGAGGCACCGACGAUGAACAUUUAAUAUGUGUACAUGUUGAACAGCUUUAUGUCAUGCAGCAGUUUGUAUGUGCUUUUGCUCUGUGAGGUGAUUCUCUGAUUCACCUGCGUGUCGAUACACAGGUGAGUUCAGGACUGCAAAGUUGUUAGCAAAAACGAUAUAACAGAUGCUGCUAGGCUAAAUGCAUUCUGACCUAAGAGUGAUAUAUUACUGUGUACCAGAAUAAGGCAAAAGUGUUUUAAUAUUAAUAUCAACCAUGUGCAAGUAUUGACUCUUUGUUAAGCCCCUGUUACUUCUUCCUGUUGCUCCACCUGUCAAGCUUACUGCACUGUCACAGCACAUACACAAGAAAAAAAAGUCAAGCUAACGGUGGCAGAUUUACUACGCAAAGUCUAAGUCAUUUUGAUGAUAAUAAUAAUAACAAAAGUACAUUUCUCAUUUCUAGUCAGUGACUGGUUGAAUCUGUUUUAAAAUGAGAAGCCUAUAAAAGUGUUUUAAAUAUGCACACACACACAUGGUUUGAAUGCAUGUAAAAACUUACAUGGAGAGAUCAAGGGUUCAGUGUGUAACUAUCAGAAAUAAUGCUUGGCUUCUACUGUGCCCAGGCAUGCUAAUGAUUGUAGCCUACAUUAAACCAGAGAAGCACAUUGUUUAUAACAUUUCUUAAUCUUUGCUUUUGUGUUUUUGUUUCGGAAAAGUGAGAAAUGUAAAGACAACACCUUCCAAACCGUAGACUGUUUAAACCUGUAGUGAAAUCCAAAGCUUGACAGGCCUGCUGCACCAGGGAUUAAUGAACAGUCAAUUCCUGCAGGCUAACAUCACAAAUCUGGCUACACUUCUUAGAAUCUCUGUUUAAAAAAAUAAUAAUUAAAAAAAAUAAAAAAGGAAUCAACACAAGAACACUCAGUUUCAUCUCCUAUUUUUACUUCAUUCCUACCAAGAAUUAAAAAUCAGCCAAUUGCACUUUAUACCCGAGUGAUUUUUUUAAUAAACAUACUGUAAGUGGUUGUUCAUAUGAGAAGUAUUAUAAAGAGAACUUAAUUGUCAGACAUUUUAUUACUAAUGGAAGUAAAAGUGUGUUGGUUAUGUUCAGGGUGGCCUGCUGUAAAUAUCUGAGAUGUGUGAUUUGCUCUGAAAGGACGCAGUGGAGUGAAGGAUGUAAAAUACAGUAAAUAGUAGAAUCUUACAAAAGACAUAUGAUAUACAGACAUUUGGUACUGAUAAUAUAUGAAAUAUACAGUGUUUUAUAUGCAAGAGCAGUGACAACUUUCCUAUCAUAUUCUACAGCUCUGAAACUAGCAGUCAGUUGCUUCAGUUGGAUUCAGUGUCAGUGCUGCUGCCUGCAGAAGCUCAGUGUUGUACAAAGUGCUCUUUUACUACCAUGUCUUAUCCAGUAUUACUGCUUAGUAUUACAAUUGAGACGAGUAUUGAGAUGUUUUUGUACAUUAACAGCUAAAGGUUGGCAUUUUUCAUUAAUAAAACGAAAAUAUGUAUCAUAUGUCAAAA